AUGGCCAGUGGGGAGGAUGGGCCAAGGAGCUGUAUGGUAUGUGGGGACCGAGCCACCGGUUAUCAUUUCCACGCCCUGACUUGUGAGGGCUGCAAGGGCUUCUUCAGACGAACAGUCAGCAAAAACACUGGUCUCACCUGCCCCUUUGCUGGAAACUGUAAGGUCAACAAGGCCCAGAGGCGCCACUGCCCAGCCUGCAGGUUGCAGAAGUGCCUAGAUGCUGGCAUGAAGAAGGAAAUGAUCCUGUCGGCAGAAGCCCUGGUCCAGCGGCGGGCGAAGCAGGCCCAGAGGCGGGCCCAGUGGGCACCUGUGCAGCUGAGCAAGGGGCAGCAAGAGCUAGUCCAGACACUCCUGGGGGCCCACGCCCGCCACGUGGGCACCAUGUUUGACCAGUUUGUGCAGUUCAGGCCGCCAGCUCAUCUGUUCAUCCACCACCAGCGCCUGCCCAUCCCGGUCCCCGCACUGCCUCUGCUCAAGCACUUCGCAGAGGUCAACACUUUCAUGGUACAGCAAGUCAUCAAGUUCACCAAGGAUCUGCCCCUCUUCCGGUCCCUGCCCAUGGAGGACCAGAUCUCCCUUCUCAAGGGAGCAGCGGUUGAAAUCUGCCAUAUCGCACUCAAUACCACUUUCUGUCUCCAAACACGAAACUUCCUCUGUGGGCCGCUCUGCUACGCGCUGGAGGACGGCGUCCACGCAUCUCCCACAGUGGGGUUCCAGGAGGAGUUUUUAGAGUUGCUCUUUCGCUUCCAUGCCACGCUGAGGCGACUCCAGCUCCAGGAGCCUGAGUAUGUGCUCAUGGCCGCCAUGGCCCUCUUCUCUCCCGUCCCCUCUCUUACAGACAGGCCUGGGGUUACCCGGAGGGAGGAGAUUGAUCAUCUGCAAGAGGUGACGGCACUGACCCUGCAGAGCUACAUCAAAGGCCAGCCGCCAAGGCCUCGGGAUCGGUUUCUGUAUGCGAAGCUGCUGGGCCUGUUGGCUGAGCUCCGGAGCAUUAACAACGCAUACGGGUACCAAAUCCAGCACAUCCAGGGACUGUCCGCCAUGAUGCCACUGCUCCAGGAGAUCUGCAGCUGAGGCCCCAGCUUGCCUCCUUCCCCAGCCCAGCCAUCUGCACACGUUGGACUGGAAAGGGGAAAAUGCUGGGGGGGGGGGGGCAGAGGUUGGGACCAGUAGAAAGGGAGCCCAGUGGUUGCAAUGAAAGACUAAAGCAAUAACUGCCUCUUCAUGCAGUCUUGGGGUUGGUGGGGGAUGAUC